AUGUCCCUCGCACUCUACGCCCUACUAACUGCCCUGGUAGCAGUAGCAGCCUACAGCCUCCGCAACGUCGGCCGCAGGCCCUCCAACUACCCCCCAGGCCCACCGACACUCCCCAUCAUAGGAAACCUGCAUCUAAUGCCCAAAGAAAAGCCGCAUCUACAAUUCCAAAAGUGGGCCGAAGAAUACGGGCCCGUCUAUUCGCUCAUCCUCGGGACGAAAGUCAUGGUCGUGUUGUCGUCGGACCAGGCUGUGAAGGACCUGCUUGAUAAACGGAGUGGGAUUUAUUCGUCGCGCCCGGAUAUGUAUCUUGGGCAGAUUGUGAGCGGUAGGUGUCGUAUGUUGCUUAUGCCGUACGGCGAUACAUGGCGCAUGAUUCGGAAGAUUGUUCAUCUCAACCUCAAUGUCAAGGCGGCGCGUACAUAUGUGCCAUAUCAAGAGCUGGAGAAUAAAGCGAUGCUCGUUGGCUUCUUGGAGAGUCCAGAUCUCUUCAUCGACCACAUUCGUCGUUAUACCAACUCUUUGACCACGCAGAUGAUCUUCGGGUUCCGCACUACAAGCAUCGACGACCCCAAGUUAAAACAGCUUUACUCGGGCUUCGAGAAGUUCUCCGAACUCAUGGGUGAGACUACAGCAAAACUAGUCGACCUCUUCCCAAUCCUGCGCUCAUUACCCGACUUCGCGCUUCCCCUACGGAAAUACGCAAAGGAGCUGCACGAAAAAGAGAGUGAACUAUACGUCGGCCACUGGCUAAACGUGAAGAAAGCAAUCAAAAACGGGACAGCCAAACCCUGCUUCUGCGUCGACCUCGUACGCGCACAAGACGAGGAGAACUUCUCAGAUGAGCUCGCCGGAUACGUGAGCGGUUCGUUGCUAGAAGCAGGAUCAGAUACUACAUCCGCGACCCUCAUCGGCUCAAUGAUCCUCUUCCCCUCCGUCUCCGCCACCGCCCGUUCAGAACUCGACACGAUCUGCGGCCCCCGCCUCCCCACCCUCUCCGACUUACCGCACCUCCCCUACAUCCGCAGCUGCGUCAAAGAAAGCAUGCGCUGGAUGCCCACCGCCAUCCUCGGCGUCCCCCACGCCGUAAUCCGAGACGACGAGUACAUGGGAUACAAGAUCCCCAAAGGCGCGGACGGCGGCGGAAGCGGCGUGUAA